CUACCGUGAAGAACAUCAAUACACGUUGCGCGGGGCUGAAUUAUGAAGUUAGCAAGGUAUCGCGUGAGAAACAAAGGAAGCGUAUUCUGAAAUGCUCUGAUUCUAGUGUGAUGUAGUAGUGACUGAUGUCUGCCACAGAUAUGUUAUCCUGCGAAUUGUACGUUAAUGUAGACUAGCAAUCCUCUCUGCACUUGCGGAAAUGGUAGUCAAAUAUCUGUUGAUUUGGAAAAGAAGUGACUCUGUGAAGAUGUUAGAAAAGUGGACAGGUUCUGGAGUUUCCGUACUGACGGUGGGCUGAUGAUAAUCAUAAGGAAUUGUAGAAAGAGGUGACUUGUGCAUUGUGACGCAGCAUCCGUCAAUACUGGAUGGGAUCAACGAGGCAGAACAUGUAAGUCACAAAGUGGCUAGGCUUCCUCUGUGCCUUGUAGUCACAAUGCUGGGACUGGGGUCACAGACAAAGCCAUGUCUCCGGGUGGUUGCCAUAAUUGCCUGCGUCACUCUGGUGUCCAUGUUUUACCUGCUGGGAUUUGGCCAGCCAAUACAACUCCUCCAUCCACCUGUGCAGCCAAUCUUCAGCAGUGGGGAACUAGAGAAGACUGAUGCAUCCAUCCCAUUUAAAAGAGGAUACUUGGUGUGGAGUCCAAGUUGCAAGAUUCCUGAUAUGGAUCCCCAUCAUGUGUCUAUUAGAAAGCUCCUGAAGUCUGUGGAAUCAAUUGUGUGCUCAAAGUUUGGUCCACUCACCUACAUCAGCACCCCUACUGCAGCACUUGCAGAAAACAACUGGAGUACUCCGUACAUUCUCCGGAUUGAUAGUGCAAUGGCACAUUACUAUGUACCAAACAAACAGAACUAUUCCUGUUGCUAUGCUGAUGUCACACGGGCAGCAAUUGAUAUGAAAGACAACCGGACAGUAGACAGCAAGUAUAAUAUUAGCAAGUGUGUGACUUUUGAGGAAGAGGUUACCUUACAGCCAGAGUCAGAAUUUACACUAGUCAGAUGCAGCACCAAAAAGGAUGGCUCUAAAGGAAAUGAAGUGUAUAGCAAUAUGCAUGCAACUGUCCCAAUGAAGCCGCACGUCGUAACUAAGCUCACAGCUAAACAGACACUGCACAAAAAUAAUUCAGAACACAGACAUAGGCUCAGUGUUCUUUUCAUAGGCCUCGACUCAAUAUCUCGCCUUAACCUGAUUCGAACAAUGCCCAAAACAGUGUCACAUCUUCAUCGUACCGGUUGGUUUGAACUGAGGGGAUACAAUAAAGUGGGUGAUAACACAUUCCCAAAUCUAAUGGCCAUCCUCACUGGACUCACCUUGGACCAGGUAAAGAAGACAUGUUGGCCAAACAAAGAAUCAGAACUAGAUGAUUGCCCAUAUAUAUGGUGUGACUUCAGUAACCAAGGUUACGUCACAGCCUUUGGAGAAGAUAUUACCAAGGUGUCAACCUUCAAUUAUCAAAAGACUGGAUUCAUAAAUCCUCCAACUGAUUAUUAUCUAAGGCCAUACAUGCUUGCAGCAGAAAAGAAACUGCAAUCAAAGACCAGAGAUCAACUUGACAUAUGUUUAGGUCCCACAUCAACCACUGAACAUUUAUUGAGAUAUGCUACAGACUUUGCAACAACUUUCAGAGAGGCACUCUAUUUUGCUCUGCUGUGGAUCAACAAUCUUGGUCAUAACAAUCACAACACUCCAGCAGCAAUGGACUUUAGAUUUAUGCAAUUUUUUAAUGAGUUAGCUGAAAUCGGAACACUCAAUAAUACACUUGUAAUUUUCCUGAGUGAUCAUGGUAUGCGAUUUGGGAAAAUACGAGAGACUGUUAUAGGAUGGCUGGAGGAACGUCUACCUUUCUUCUACAUUUGGAUUCCUCUUUGGUUCAGACAAAAAUAUCCUGAGGUGGCAAAGAAUAUUGUAAUAAACAGGGAUCGUCUAACCUCUCCAUAUGAUGUUCAUGUUACACUGAAGGAUAUUCUUGGUAGAAACCAAGACAGUGAUACUGGAGAAAAUAGUGAGAAUGCAAAAAAUGCGAUUUCCAUGAAUGGAAGUGCUGGAUGUCCAAAAUGUAUGAGCCUCUUUGAGAAAGUGUCCUACAACAGAACUUGUGAUGAUGCGGGAAUAACUCCACACUGGUGCACGUGUAAUCACUAUCAAACACUGUCAACCACUGGUGACACAGUUUUGGCUGCUGCAAACUUUGUGUUAUCCGAAAUUCAGGCCAGGUUACGGAAGGCAGUGACUAGAAUAGAUAAGUUCAAGAAGUGCGCAGAUUUGAGGUUAAAUCGUCUCGUGAAUGUGCGGGGUAGAACACAUGACUCAGAACACAAAGACUAUGUGGUACUGAUUGAAACAGUACCAGGAAGUGCACUAUUUGAGGCAACAGUCAGAGAGUCAACAAAAAAUAAUGAUAGAUUUCAAAUACUGGGUACUGUGAGUAGAAUAAAUGCAUACUGGAGUCAGAGUAGUUGUAUAAAUGAUCUUAUUCUGAAAAUGUAUUGUUAUUGCAUAAAUUCAUAACUUGAAUAAACUAUAAUUUUAUAAUUUA